AUCGAUACUGUCCAAAAUUUCUGCUAGGGCUGAAUGUCAUAUGUAUCGCGAUGACCACUCCCAUCUCAUUAUCUGCCUUAAGUCAAAACAAGCGGAAGCAUCGUGUAUCGGACGCAGACCCUGAUGCUCCCAGGAAGAAGAAGAAAGAGAAGUUGAAACUGGACAAGGGGAAGUCCCGCACCGAACCUUCAACAAGUGAAUUCCGAGUGACGAAAGCAACCAUAACACUCUCUGUACCUCCUGUAUUCGCCAGUAAUCUACGCGCGGGCGCGGAGGAAAUGUUAGAUAGCAUGAUCAUGCGAUAUAUCCCGUCCCUGUGUGGUGUUCUCCUGGCUCAUUCAAAUUUACAUUUCCUGAGUCCAACAGCGAGCAUAAAUGCCGACUGUCCUUUCUCUAUCUGUAAUGUCGCUUUCGAUGCUACGGUCUGGAGCCCAAGUAUAGCAAUGAAACUCAUUGGCAAAAUUAUUCUGUAUUCCCCCGAUCAUGUCUCGCUGCUCCUCCACCGUACAUUUAACGUUUCCAUACCACGACAUCACAUUCCACAAGAUGUUUGGGAAUUCGAAUACGGUCCUGCGGAAAAUGAUCCCGAGUAUGGAGAGGGUGCUGUAGGGUCCUCUGUCGAUAAAGAAGGGGAUGCAGAAAUGACGCAGAGUAAUGGUGAGAAGGCGGAAGGCGAAUCGGUACCUGAGGCGAACGGACAGUGGAUACACCGUUUGACGGGGACGAAGCUCGGCGGAACAGAUGGGUAUCUAGAGUUCACAGUUAUUGGAAAAACUGUGGCGAACGAAAUGCUCUCCCUUCAGGGAUCAAUACAGCCUGAUCCCUUCUCUGAAGAACACUCUGCUACACAAUCAAGCAAGAGCUCCCACAAAAAACCUGCCAAAUAAAUUCGGAUCGUCUAAUGUGCUGUUGACUUCUGGAAGUGCCUGCUAUGAUUCUGCAUUCGAGCAAAGCAGUUUAAGUCAAGCAUCCAUGCAACAACUGCAACGUUAGAUUGCCUGGGACAUGCUCUAGAUACACAAUCCGGAACCACUGAUGCAUAGGCAUACAAUGAUGAACGUGACAAACGGGAGAAACAAAUAGGACCUAAUCAUCAUCAUCGACAGCGGCAGGUGAAUCCGGCCACUCGAUGGGCUCGUCAU